AUGGAGGAGUGGAUCCCUAUGGAGGCAAAUGUGGAGGUAAAUUUACACGCGGAGAAUGAUGCAAUAUCAGAGCAGGAUGUGGAGUUGGCACUUGGUCCCAUAGGUGAUGGGGAGCUACUGGAGAUUUUUGAAUCAUGGAAUGAUAUCAUGAAAGUGCUUUGGCAACAGUACUCAUCAGUUGAUGAGGAUGACGAAGAUGAAGAUGACGAUGAUGAAGAUGAUGAGAAUGACGAAGAUAAAUCUGAAGAAGAAGCUAUGGAGACUGCACCAGCCAAAGGAAAGAAAGUUCCAGCAAAGGCUGCUCCUGCGAAGGCAAAGGGCACUGCUGAAGAUGAAGAGGAGGAUGACGAGGAUGACGAGGAGGAGGAAGAAGAGGAGGAAGAGGAGGAAGAACCUGUCAAAGAAGCACCUGGAAAACAAAAGAAGGAAAUGACCAAACAAACAGCUCCUGAAGCCAAGAAACAGAAAGUGGAAGCCACAGAACCAACUACAUCUUUCAAUCUCUUUGUUGGAAACCUGAACUUCAGUACAUCUUCUCCUGAAUUGAAAACGGGUAUCAGUGACCUUUUUGCUAAAAAUGAUCUUGCAGUUGUUGAUGUCAGAAUUGGUGUGUCUAGGAAGUUUGGCUAUGUGGAUUUUGAAUCUGCUGAAGACCUGGGAAAAGCCUUGGAACUCACUGGUUUGAAAGUCUUUGGCAAUGAAAUUAAACUUGAAAAACCAAAGGGAAAAGGCAAUAAGAAAGAUCGAGAUGCGAGAACACUUUUGGAAAAUCUGCCUUAUAAAAUUACUCAGGAAGAAUUAAAAGAAGUGUUUGAAGAUGCUGUAGUGAUCAGAUUAGUCAGCAAGGAUGGGAAGAGUAAAGGGAUUGCUUAUAUUGAAUUUAAGACAGAAACUGAUUCAGAGAAAAACUUGGAAGAAAAGCAGGGAACAGAGAUAGAUGGGCGAUCCAUUUCCCUGUACUAUACCAGAGAGAAAGGUCAAAGUCAAGACUAUAGAGGUGGAGAGAAUAGCACUUGGAGUGGUGAAUCAAAAACCCUGGUUUUGAGCAACCUCUCCUAUAGUGCAACAGAAGAAACUCUUCAGGAAGCAUUUGAGAAGGCAACGUUUAUCAAAGUGCCCCAGAACCAAAAUGGCAAAUCUAAAGGCUAUGCAAUUAUAGAAUUUGCUUCAUUUGAAGAUGCUAAAGAAGCUUUAAAUUCAUGUAAUAAAAUGGAAAUUGAGGGCAGAGCAAUCAGGCUGGAGUUGCAAGAACCCAGGGGAUCACCUAAUGCAAGAAGCCAGCCAUCCAAAACUCUGUUUGUCAAAGGUCUGUCUGAGGAUACUACAGAAGAGACACUAAAGGAGUCAUUUGAUGGCUCCAUUCAUGCAAAUAUAGUCACUAAACGGGAGACUGGAUCCUCCAAGGGGCUUGGUUUUGUAGACUUCAACAGCGAGGAAGAUGCCAAAGCUGCCAAGGAGACCAUGGAAGAUGGUGAAAUUGAUGGAAACAAAGUUAAUCUGGACUGGGCCAAGCCUAAGCGUGAAGGUGGCUUUGGAGGCCAAGGUGGUGGCAGAGGUGGCCGAGGUGGAUCUGGUGGCAGAGGCUGGGGAGGCUUUGGAGGGUGAGGAGGCUUCCAAGGAGGCAGAGGAGGAGGAGGAGACCACAAGCCACAAGGAAAGAAGAAGUUUCUUCUAUCCCUGUCUUUCCCUCUUCCAGUUGAAAGAAAAGACUCUGGGGUGUUUACUCUGUUACCUGCUCAGUGA